AUGAUUCCCACUUCGUCACUUGCUACUUCAGCUCUUGCGCUUCUGUCACUCGGAGCCCUGGGUACCGUCCAUGCCGCCGUCAUCUCAAUUCCUCGGAAUUCCUCUGCCAUGGCAUUAGCAACCCCUACACCGAUCCGCCUUGCACCAGGCAUUGGUAUCACUCACACUCCCUUGUCUAGGGACACUUCCGAGAGUGGAGGUCAUCACAAACAUUCGGGCGUGCAGGAGGGCAAGGGUUCCGAGGCGCGCAGAAAAGGAAAGAAUCAUGAGUUGAAAAGGAUGAGGAAAGACUUCCACCAAGCGAAUUCGAGCAGCCCUGAAACCCCCGCUGCUAAUGGGAAUGCAACACACCAGCAGACUCAUGUCAUUGAUAAGUCAAAUGUCCCUGACUUGAGGACACCCCAAUCUACCAACGGUCUUGAGGCGGAUGGGGCGGGGAAAGAACGUGACAAGCGUGGCUUUGGUCUUAUCAAAGACGGGCUUAAAUUCGGAGAGAAACUCGGUGAAGACGUUCUUGGUGGUGGGAACAACGGGUCUUUGUUCAGGAGAGAAGAAUAUGACCAGGUUCCGCAACGCAGAUAG